GCGUGAUUUCCAGAUAUAUACAUACAAAUAAGAAAUGGUGAGAAGUUGACAAGGUGAUAAUUACUUGUAGGUCACCGGAUCUUAUCCCCCAAUUAAGAGAAACUGAUCUUUUGAGUAAAGAGACUUUCAAAGUUUAUCAUGGAUUUCUUCAUUGCAAAUGGACAUAAUAUUUCAGGAACCGGGGUAAAUUCUCUAAGUGUCCAAAAUAUCAUUUACGGAAUUCUACUGAUAUUAGUUUCUGUAUUCAUUGUUACAAUUAACGGAUUACUGCUAUUUGUUAUAUGGUCAACAAAGUAUCUACAUAGAUGUCAGAACGUAUUCGUUGUGUCUUUGGCUAUCAGUGACAUCCUCAGCGGAUUUGUGGAAGGCCCUUGUCUUGCUUAUAUUGUUCUGAAUCGCCCUGACAUUUUCCCUGUGUGUCCAGUGAAGUUUUUUGUAAGUCGUUUUACCAAAUCCUCCUUCUCCUUCAGUUUAAUGAUGCUAUCAGUGGAGCGGUGUCUUGCUGUGUCCCGACCUCUGAAAUAUCAAAGCCUUGUGACGGAUCGUUCCUGUACCAUCUCUGUUGUCCUUAUAUGGAUGUUAUCGGCUCUUUUUGCGUCACUUUCUCUAAUAAGGAACCGCUUCUUUUAUGAUAAACACAAUCACAAGUGUAGCUUUGACGUAUAUGCGUAUGGAUACACCAAAGACAUAAUAAUUGUUUAUAUUGUUCUUUCAAGAUUCUUGCCAAUGCUUGUGAUUUUGUUUUGCGUCAUUGUGACACUUAAUAAAGCUCGAAGCAGAUUCAAAUUUACUGCAGGCAUAUUAGCAGCUGUUCCAUUGACAGUAGCUCCUGUUGUGUAUCCUUUGAACCUGAAGAAAAUCACACUUAAAGCCCUCCGGUCCCUUGUGCUUUUGUCUAUAACUUUUUCUGUAUUGACCAUAGUCUGUUGUACAUCAGGGAUUCAGAAAACAAUUCGGAACCUUGAUUUCCCACCAGAAUAUGAGAUGGCUUUACAGUUUAUUUCUUUGUCCUAUUACUUCAUCACGCCUGUAAUUAUUCUCAUAUUCAACAAACAAUACCAGAACAGGAUUGUCUCUUUGAUCUGUAAGCGAGGCUGGAAGUCAAAUAGGGUCACACAAGAUCCACUGGCGACUGUAAAAUAGUCUG